AUGUCCGAGUACAAGAAAGCGCAAGCCCGGGUUCGGGAUUUGGUUGAAAAGCGCAGAAUGCUAGAGAAACGCUUGACACAAGUUGAAGACAGCAUCUCCCAGAAGGAGACUGCAUACCUCGACAGCACACCAAGCGGCAACAUCAUCACCGGUUUCGACAACUACAUGAAGGGCAUGAGUGGCGCGGCAGCGCAGCGACGAAAGGCUGGCCCGAUGGAACAGAACAGAGUCUUUUCGCGAUCGUCGAUCUCGUACCGACCGAACAAUCUGGAGGGUAUCACACCCGGGUCAGGAGGCUCGACGCCAGCUGGCGCGACACCAUUAUCCGCCGCAUUUAGAGAUGGACCCUCGAAUCACCCGACACCGACAUCUGUGACUGCGGUUAAGAACGCAAGCAAGUCGAAGAAGAAAACGGUUGAGCACGAGGACAGCGAAAACGAUACUUCGACGAGCAAGAAAAGAACGAAUUUUGGAGCGCAGCGCAAGUAG